CGAAUGAUCCUCCCGCCGUUCAAAACUUGUAAACCCGAGUAGUGUGUAGAUGCUCGGGCGAGUUAUUGUUGAUAUUGGUGAUAUUUUGGACUAAUCUGGGAAAAUGACGAGCCACCAGAAGGAAGAAGUGAAGAAGGAGAUCCCGGAGUUCAUCACGGACGCGUCGACGGGCACAAAGUACCAGCGGGGCAAGUUCCUGGGCAAGGGAGGCUUUGCAAAAUGUUACGAACUAACAGAUUUAAAAACCAAAGAAAUAUUUGCUGGAAAGAUAGUUGCCAAAUCCUUACUUGUAAAGCCACAUCAAAAAGAAAAGAUGUCUCAGGAGAUAUCAAUUCAUCGCAGUUUAAGAGAUAAGCACGUUGUUAGCUUCCAGGGGUUCUUCGAAGAUUCCGACAAUGUGUACAUAAUCCUAGAAUUGUGCAGGAGAAGGUCACUGAUGGAACUGCACAAACGUCGUAAAGCAAUCACGGAGCCUGAAACACGUUACUUCCUGAAGCAAAUCCUUAACGGUGUCAAGCACUUGCAUGACAGAAAAGUUAUUCAUAGAGAUCUUAAGCUUGGCAACCUCUUCCUUAAUGAUGAAAUGGAACUAAAAAUUGGAGAUUUUGGCUUGGCUACCAGAGUAGAUUAUGAAGGAGAGAGGAAAAGAACUUUGUGUGGCACACCAAACUACAUUGCUCCAGAAAUCCUCUGCAAGAAAGGUCACAGUUAUGAAGUUGAUGUCUGGUCUAUAGGCUGUAUUCUGUAUACAUUAUUAGUGGGAAAACCUCCAUUUGAAACACAAACUUUAAAAGACACAUAUAUGAGGAUUAAGAAGAACGAGUACCAUAUACCAUCACGGAUUGGACCUCUUGCCCGCUCACUUAUUCAGAGAUUGCUUCAGGGUGAUCCAACACGCAGACCCAAUGUUGAUGUGAUUCUUGCUGAUGAUUUUAUGACAAUGGGUUACAUACCUACUCGCCUACCUACUUCUUGCCUCACCAUGGCACCAAGAUUUGAUUCCCGGUGUUCCAUUGUUGCUACGAGGAAACCUUUACUGGAGAUAAACACCAAAGAUGGGUCGCCAGUGAAGGGCAUUCAGAAGGAUGGUAUGAAGAAAGUUGAGAAUGUGGUGUGCAAGGGUGGUGGUGGUAUGGCUGGGUCGCUGACCAGCGGACAGCAGCAGCAGCAGCAGGAAGCAGUGACACAAGCAGCGGCACAACCACCCAAGUCCGACGAGCCUUCCGACUGCUACCUCAGAGAUCUCUACGGCCAAGUCACUACAGUUGUGGCCUCCAAGCCUGACGAACGAGACAAUAUCAAUGAAGAGGAAUGCGAGGAUCCUGCGGCUGUACCUAUGAUCUGGGUCAGCAAGUGGGUUGACUACAGUGACAAAUACGGCCUUGGUUACCAGUUAUGUGACGACUCAAUUGGUGUACUCUUCAAUGAUUUUACCAAGCUGCUCCUACUUGCUGACGGAGAAAAUAUUCACUACAUCGAGCGGUCGAGUGCUGAACACUAUCAUCAACUGAAAAGUUACCCAGCAACACUUAACAAGAAGGUAACGCUGCUCCGUUACUUCCGAAACUAUAUGAACGAACAUCUACUGAAAGCAGCAGCAUCUAUGUGCCCUCGAGAGGGUGACGAGUUGGCCCGCAUACCAUCUCUGAGAACUUACUUUAGGACACGCUCAGCAAUUAUCCUUCAUCUGACAAAUGGAACGCUACAGAUAAACUUCUUUGAAGAUCAUACUAAGAUCAUCCUGUGCCCUUUGAUGGGUGCUGUUACUUACAUUGAUGAAAAGAGGAACUUCCGCACCUACAGACUAGCAAGUCUUGAAAAGUAUGGAUGCCGACCAGAUCUAGCCAACCGAUUGCGAUAUGCUCGAAAUAUGAUACAGAAGCUCAUGGUGACUAAAUCGUCAGUGACAAAGUCCUCCACAGUCUCCUCUUCUGUGACUCAAAAUGCCCCACCAACAACUGCUUGAAAAUAGUUUUUCAGUUUUUUUUUUUGUUUUUUUUUUUUACUAAAACACGUCCUUUGCUCUCUUUGAUGAAAGCAUAUUUUUCUUGGAGGCAUACAAUGACAAACAUAUAAUUGGCCCUAUUUUUGGUUAGCUGGCAAAAGGAUUGCCACAUUAUUGGAUAAUAUUAAUUAUUGAAAAUAUCUGCUGAAACCAAUUUGUAUGUGUGUAACAAGAUUGUACUUCAUGAAUCUUCAUGGGUAAAAUUAUAUUUGAGAGAUUUUAUUGAAGCUAUGAUCAUGUAGGUUAUUUCUUAAUAUUGUAACUUGUUCUGAAGUAGUUGUUGGCUGGGGCAAUUCAUUUUCAUUUUUUUUUUUAACGUGGAAAUUAAAAAAUUUCACAAGUUUUGGGAAUGCAGCCAGUAAAUAUUUGUGACAAUUUUGAGUACAUCUUGGAAGACUAGUUACUGUUAAUAUAUUCCUAGUCUGCCAGUGCUUGAUAACUUAGUAUUGUUGAUAUGCCAUAACUAGUGCUGAGGAGUCAUUAAUGCACACACACAUCAGUGGUUGUAUCAGUAGUUGUCAUAUAUACAAACCAAAUAUGUGUGUGGUGAUUUGCCAGGAAUGGAAGGAUAUAUAUAUAUGAUAUUGAUUACACAUUUUAAUUGAUUUUAUUCCAUUUUUAAAGGGAAGGAAGGGUUAUUGGCAUUAAUGAAACAUUUCACAGGGUGGAACACUCGACUAAUGUAUAACCCAGUUGUUUACGUGGAUGAUUUGUGUUAUGUACUCCGGGCCAGGUUACUCGUGCACUCCAAGUUGCCCUGUGCUUCAUUACUUGAGGAAGUUGCCACCUUUAAUUUAUAUUUUAUUCUGAUUUCUUCAGUAUUGAAAUCAACACAAAAUGAAUCACAGUCUUUUAUACUACUAGUUUAUAAUUUCAUGUAGUCAUACCACGAAGCACGUUUUUUGUCUUAAGUUAUUAUGUCGUGUCAGUACGGACUCAUUAACAUUAAUAUUAAUUUUUAUUUAUGGGAAUAUUCAAAAUUGGAUUUUAAAAAAUCACUUCUAAAGCAAACUUUCAAACUACUGGAUGACACUAAGCCAUUUUAUGAGGUGGUAUUAGAGUUGUAAGUUGGUCAUGUAUGCUUUAGUGACAACAGGAACACAUUUGUUGUUCAGAAUAUGUAAGGUCACACUAAGGCUAGUUAGUGGUCAACAUAAAAUAUAUCCUUUAAUGGUGAUUUCAAACUGGGAUAAGAGUGUGUGUGCAGGUUUUGUUACGUGGCUGUCAUUGACAAAUGUUGGGCCUAUAACCAAAAUGAUAGCAUCUUCUCUACCCUGUAGUCUUUAAAACAAUGAAUGUAAAUAUUAUUAAUUAGUAGAUUGUAUUGUGUUUUGUACUCCCCGAUCACAACAUAAAUACUGGCUGUACUGACGAUGAUAGUCUUUGCUGUUACUCAUCAUUUAGCUCUAGUAUUCUGAAAGUAUUACCAUUACAAUCCUGUUAGCAUUUGUAGGUCAUAAUUUUAGUUCUUAUUUUCAUUCAUCCCACUUGGUGUAUGUAAUGAAAUUCUGUAUACUUUUGUCCUAAUUUUAUUUUGCUUCACAUUUCUAUCUCGCCAAUUUACAGCAGUGUGAUACAUAAGUGUAAAUAGUCCGUGCGGUAAUAAAGUAUGUAUAACUA